AUGGCAGACGGAAUCCCGCCAGACAAGAGCACCACUCCGGAAGACAUGGCAUCGGAUGGGAACGGAACAAACAAGAGCACAGUCACAGACAAGCUGGCAGAUGAAAGUACAAACAAGAGCGUUGUUCCAGAACCUACUGCAGCAUCCAACGAUGCCCAAGGUCCCUCGAAGCCUUCCGCAGAUAUGCGUACCAUCAUGACAAUGAUUAUGAAACUGGAAGACGACCGAGAAGAGACAGACACACGACACUCUCAAGAGCACCUUGCCAUGAUGACGGCACUCUCAAGCCUCCAUCAAAGAUUAGAUACAAUUGAGAGCUACCAACAGAGGAACAAUUCUCAGAUGACGAACGCCGGUUCUACUGCCGGCCCUGCGUACACCAAAAACCUCCCACUCAACAACCCAGUUGCCGUACUUCAGCCAGUCAACAACGAUGCUUCAACAUCCUUGGGCCACAACUCAACUACUCCUCGACUCAGCAACUCAAAAGUUGUGCCUGUGACCGCUAGCAACCCUGCCCCGGCAUACAUUGGUCACAAGGGAACCGCCGCUCAUGGACCCCCACCGGCACCCGAAAAGGCUUCGCUGACUCACAGUAACUCUUUCACUGGCGACAACAGAGCCACUGCGGCCAUGGCUAUUGACUCGAUGUUGAUGUUGACGGGUGCCAAGACGACUCUGAGUACAGUCAACACGUCAAAGCCCUUAACCCAGAAACGGAAGCUGGCCAAUGAUGAUCAAGAAGAAGACACCGACUGCAUUAUUUCACUUACACGUUCGGUCACCAGAGGACGCAUGAUGGCUGGAGCGAACAGACCUGCACGGAGGCAGAGGACAACGCCAAAAUCUGACGGCGAACAAGUCGAUGGAGAGCAAGCAAUGCAAGAAGACGAUGUAGCUAAGGGAUUCGAAACAGCAAAGGAAUCCAAAAUCCGCGCUUGGGAAAACUUGGAGCUCUACGAACUUCCGGGGACAUGGGAGCUGAACGAAUCAGGCACGCUUCCCGGAGUGCAGCCACUUGCUCUACGGAAGUCAAACCUGUUCAUUAGCUUCACGGCACUCAAGCGAAUCGCCCUGGUCACAGAUCGCACGUUGACUUCAAACCAGCAAAGACACAUCCAGAAGACGCGCUUCUCUCCUUCUGACAUACGGACAUCGGGAAGAGAGUCGUGGGCACGUCUUUGGGUCAUCGAAUCCUGCAGCAAAGAGUGGAACUGUGCCCAGAUCAUGAAACCUUUGAUCGACAAGGCGAUCGAGUUAGGAAACGCUUCGAAGGUGGCCGAGAGACUGCGAAAGUUACACUCCCUCCUCGUGUGA